GCGGGGCGGCCAUGCUGGAAGCGGCGUUGAGCUCAGAGACGCCGCGAGCCCCUUCGCAGCAGCCCGUCAAGCGGUGAAGGAGGCGGGUGGAAAAGACACAAGGCGGCAGAGCCGUGUUCGUAGCCGGGCUGCCGGGAGCAGACGUGUUCCCAAGUUGUGUGUGAAGUAACGGCAUUGGGCGGACCCCUGUUCGCUGCCUUUCCCGCAUGAGGGAGCUUUGCCCGUCAUCUGCCUGUCAGCCGCUACUGCGGGCUAAUGACGUUUGCCUUUGAUAAAAGGUGGCCGAGACCCCACCUGCCCUGUUAAUAAUGCGGAAAUCUGCAGGGUCGGAGAGUGUCGUCGUCGUUUAGUUUCAAGGGAUAGAGUGAGGAACCAUGGCAUUGGAGCCAGUCCCCUGCGCCAUUAAGAACCCAGUAGCACUGCAAGUGGGAGACAUGAAGACUGAGAUAGGCCGGCCUGGUGUUCUGGUGAUUGAUGUUUCAUUUCCACACUUGCAGACCACUGAUUUACAGGCAGUUGCAUUCAAAAAUUACUAUACUGCCUUUUUGACCCUUCGAGUACAGCGGCGAAGUUCUGCAGAUGGUGGGAAUGAAAGCCCUUCCAAAUGGGUUACUUGUCUACGUAAUUUUUGUUUGAUGCCUAACCCACAUACAGAGGAAGGUUCUCAAAACUACUUCUCUAUUUCCAGACAUCAGAUGCUUUGUGAUGUGGAUCAGGUGGCUGCCAUGCGUUUUAUCCUGCACCAACCUUCUCCAGUAUGGUUGCAUUUUACAAUUGAGGAGCUGCAGCUUUUUUCUUUGUGUCAGAAGAGUCCUCAGAAAGGCUUUCCAGCUUGGCUUUCUCAUCCUUCUCCUCAGGAGCAGCCCACAGGCUUACAUGAUGGACUUCCUGAUGCCGACAGAGUGUCUUCUGAACUGCAGCAAAUGUGGAUUUUAACGGAGAUGCUCCAGGCCAACCAACCAGUAGCACGGAUUGGACGCUUUGAUAUAGAGGACUCCUAUGACCUUAAUCUACUUUCUUAUACUUGAAUGGUUGCAAGACAAGAAGCAAGGCUUCUAAGCAGGGCUGCAUCCUGCAUUGUAGUCUGGCUGAGCAGGAAGAAGGAAGAUUAAGCAGGAGCACGAAGAUUAAGACUUGAUUACUUCUAUGUUCCAGUUUCAUGUUCCAACAACUAUCCAGUUAGGUUCUGGUUUCAGUUCUGUGGUAAUCUGGUUUUCAAACCUAUAUCUUGCACUGAACCUGGAAAGUUAGAUUACCUAAACUGAAGCUGCCUAAUUAGGGCUGUUUCUCUCCUGAUCUACUUUUCCAUCUGCCUUGCUGCAUGAUAUAUGUUUCUUUUUAAGGCAAAAGUGGCGUGGUGACACAGUGGUUAGAGUGGAGUACUGCAGGCUACUUCUGCUGAUCACGGGCUGCCAGCAGUUUGGCAGAUCGAAUCUCACCAGGCUCAAGGUUGACUCAGCCUUCCAUCCUUCCGAGGUCGGUAAAAUGAGGACCCAGAUUGUUGGGGGCAAUAGGCUGACUCUGUAAACCACUUAGAGAGAGCUGUAAAGCACUGUGAACUGGUAUAUAAGUCUAAGUGCUAUUGCUAUUGCUAAAAUGGUAUAUAUUCAAGAAUCUGGUACUGGGAGCAUGGAGGAAAGGAAUCCUUCAUUUUUCUAAAUAGUGACUUGAGAUAUUGUAAGAAGGACGAAAAGACUCCAGAUAUUGGGGUCUAAGAUUAAAAAAGGGCAAUUCUAAAAAAUGCCAGAUACAGAGAUGAAUGUGGCUGUCUACCUCACUUAUACUUACAGAGCAUAAGUCUUUUCAUAUGUGUGUAGACUUCAAAAAGAAAAUGUUGCAUCAUGCAAAAACCAUGACACUAGUAUUCUUGGAGGGAUUGAGGUGGUAGAAAGCUAUGUUUUAUCAUAAAUUUUCUAUCCCAAUAUGCUAUUAAUAUGUUUUCUCAUAUGUCCAAUGAGUGUUGAACUUGGUUAAAUGAAAGGAAAAGUUUGGUUCAUUUUGUCUCAUGUCAAAGAACUUUAAAUAAAUUGUAUUUGCAAAGCACAUCUGAAAAUUACCAAGGAGAUAUUUGAACAUCUUCAUUCAAGCCACUGAAUGACAUCUAUUUUCUGGAAUAGCAUUGUAUGAUUUCCACAGAAAAUCAUUUUCCUUGUGAAGACCAGUCCUUGUUAUAGUAUGGACAUAAUUUGUAGUUGUCAGAAGGACCAAACUGUAGAACGGUAUAAAUUUCUGCAGUGGGAUGUGUGUGAUUUUUUUUUUUAAAAAGUAUUACAUUUUUUGGAGUAUCUGUACAGUUGUUUUCUGUAUAUCUAUUACGCACUUCCUAUUAUUUAUUAUUUAUGUUAAUUAUUUAUAGUUGGAAAGGAUUGUAAUAGACUUCUAAUGCACUCUAUAUAUCAGGGUUAUGUAUCUCAAUGGGAUACUUAGCCAGAUUUAAGGGGUCACAAAUAAAUGAAAAGCUAAGUAUUAUAUAAUGACACACUGUAAACACACGGAAAAUACUUUUGAUCCUAAAGGCAGCACAUAAAUUUUUGUUCCAGAUACAUAUGGAAUACAUGCCUUAAUUUCUUUUCUUUGGUUUUUAGUAUAGUUUCUGGGGCAAAAAAUGGGAGCUUUGAGGCUGAUUCCUUCCAGCCAUCCGAUGGAGAUGGUUUCAUUGCUAGUGCCAUUAUUAGUAAGAAAUCUCUUUCAGCCUAUUUGUUUGCUAUGAGGCCAUAUAAUUAUUUCUGCUUAUUGGCAGAAAAAGAAAGAGGCUAUUCCGAGAGUUGAAGUAGAAGGAAACACUGCUGUCAUAUUUUUAUCUGAACAGAGUUCCCAAAUACAUAAGAGAUGAAAAACAAAGUAGCAAAGAAUGAGAUGAAGUCUCAAAUUAUCUGCUCAAUAAAAAAAGUAAUGACAUAUCUUUCACCUACUGUACUCUUUACUUUAAAUGAUUACUUCUGAGUAAUUUCAUUUUCCCAAACUGUGAUUCUUGCAUUUAUGUUGAUGUUCUACUGAAAAAUAAUUUGGACUCUGAUUCUGAAAUAAUGUUUUUGCUUCUCUUCUCUUUUAAAUAUUAUCACAGCAAUACAAUAAUAAUUGAAGCAACAACUAGUAAAUAUUCAGACACCUGUAAUACUGUGGGCAGACUAAUCUCCAGGUAGAAUAUUCACUUUGCUAAUCUUUAAGGUGUUUAUUAGUAAGUAUAUUACAUUCAUUAAUUUCACAUUCUGUAUAAAAUUCUUAAACACCAAAUGUUGAAAAUAUAGACUGUCAAACUUUUCAGCAAGAUGCCAGUACUGUACUAAACAUGACAGCAAAUCUGUGUAUUUGAAUGGAAAAUAUUAUAAUUUCUGAUUAUUUUAUAUUUGUGCAGUUCUCAGAUGUUACUGCCUGACAGUUGGUAAUAACCUAAGAUAAUAAAUUAAAAGGCCAUCAAGACUAGUAGCACCAA